CUGGAGUAAGUGUGUGUGUGUGUGUGUGUGUGUGUGUGUGUGUCCUCCUCUGAGGCUGUAUUCUGUGAGAAUCACACACACUCACAGGAAACUUGUGUAAACGCAGACAUGAUCGACAUUUAAACUCGGACACACACGGUGGCGUCGCGUCGCGUGGAAAUGGCUGUGAAGUCGCAGUUUGAUCCCUAAAGUUGAGGAUUUAUUUCCUGCUGGAAGUGAAAGAGAAGCAAAGACUCACUUGUGAAGAUCGGGGCUCAUCCGGAGCUGGAGUGUUUCUCAUCUUCUGAGGUGAGGUGAGCUAAGAUGAGCAUUACUAGUGAUGAAGUCAACUUUCUGGUGUACAGAUAUCUGCAGGAGUCAGGUUUCUCUCACUCUGCGUUCACAUUUGGCAUCGAGAGUCACAUCAGUCAGUCAAACAUCAACGGCUCUCUGGUCCCCCCGGCCGCGCUCAUCUCCAUUCUCCAGAAAGGACUUCAGUAUGUGGAGGCAGAGAUCAGCAUCAAUGAGGACGGCACAGUGUUUGACGGUCGGCCGAUUGAGUCUCUGUCGCUCAUUGAUGCUGUGAUACCAGACGUCGUUCAUUCCAGACAACAGGCCGUCAAAAGCCGAGUCCCCCGACAUCAGCAGACCAACACUACAGCUACACAGUCUCACGCUGCUAAGAACGGUGACGUCUCGCUCAACGGCGAAGAGAACGGCACUCAUGCUCUCAAUCAUUACGUGGAGAUGAUGGAGGUGGACGGUGAGAUUCAGAUUCCUGCCAGCAGGGCGACGGUGUUGCGAGGUCACGAGUCCGAGGUGUUCAUCUGUGCCUGGAACCCUGUGUGUGACCUGCUGGCCUCCGGCUCUGGAGAUUCGACGGCUCGCAUCUGGAGUCUGAACGGAAGCGGCAGCACUCAGCUGGUCCUCCGUCACUGCAUCAGAGAGGGAGGACAAGACGUGCCCAGCAAUAAAGACGUCACCUCUUUAGACUGGAACAGUGACGGGAGUCUUCUUGCCACCGGAUCUUAUGAUGGAUACGCAAGAAUAUGGACUAAAGAUGGGAACCUCAGUAGGACACUGGGUCAGCACAAGGGUCCUAUAUUUGCCCUCAAGUGGAACAAGAAAGGCAACAGCAUUCUGAGCGCUGGAGUCGAUAAGACGACAAUCAUUUGGGACGCGCACACAGGUGAAGCCAAACAACAGUUUCCAUUUCACUCCGCUCCGGCUCUGGAUGUGGAUUGGCAGAAUAACACCACGUUUGCCUCCUGCAGUACAGACAUGUGCAUCCACGUGUGUCGACUAGGAAGCGAGCGACCGCUCAAGACCUUUCAAGGGCACACGAAUGAAGUCAACGCUAUAAAAUGGGAUCCAUCAGGAACUCUGCUGGCGUCCUGCUCAGAUGAUAUGACCCUAAAGAUCUGGAGCAUGAAGCAGGAUUCAUGUCUGCACGAUCUUCAGGCUCAUAGUAAAGAGAUUUACACCAUCAAAUGGAGUCCUGCAGGAUCUGUGUGUAAUACUCUGCUGGCCAGCGCAUCUUUUGACUCAACGGUGCGGUUAUGGAACGCUGAAAGAGGACUCUGCAUUCACACAUUGACUAAACAUCAGGAGCCGGUGUACAGCGUGGCCUUCAGUCCUGAUGGAAAGUUUCUGGCCAGCGGAUCUUUCGAUAAAUGUGUGCACGUCUGGGACACUGCGAGCGGAUCUCUAGUGAACAGCUACAGAGGAACCGGUGGAAUAUUUGAAGUGUGCUGGAACAGUGUUGGAGAUAAAGUUGGAGCGAGCGCGUCUGACGGUUCGGUUUGUGUUCUUGAUCUACGGAAGUAACACUGGACAGAUGUGAGAUUUUACAGCUGUGACUUCUGAUGUUCUGAAACUUCAUAUAUGAAUCCCGGAGAUAAAAAAUCCAAAUGUUGAAGAACCAAAUAUAGAGGACGAGACGAGAGAGAUUGUGCUGUUGUGACGUUCAGCUUCUCUCGGCGUUCUGUGACCGGCGUCAGGUCAGUUCAUUACCGGACGGCCGAACGAUGGGGAUGAAUAUUAAAGAUGAUUUUUCUCACAGUCGUGUGGUGUGGAUGGGCAGCACUGGUGUCUCUCGGAGGGAUUUGGGUUUCUCUCUGAUUGUGUGAGAGAGAUUUGUAAUGAAUGUGAAUCUUAGCGGAGGAGAGAGAGACGAAAGUUCUACUGGCGAGAACAUCAGCAAAUCUUUUCUGAAUACGUUUCAUUCCUCAGAUAUCAAGAUAAAGGUGUGUUCUCCCCAGGGGAUGUACAUUUAAUGAAUGUAAAGUUGUACAUUAGAUAACAGCACAGAUUUGAUAAACUGUGGAAAUAUGUUUCUAUGAGGCUUUUUGAGGCUUGACACCGUUGUUUGUUUGUUUGUUUUGUAAUGCCUGCUGGGUUGGCAGCACAUGUUAUUGGAGGAAACUGAUGUUAUGACUUAUCGCCUCACAAAGUCUCAGAUGGUCUCAUGAGAGCGAGAGAAACAUUCCAGCCAUGUUUUCAUCGACAUCAACAGCAUUGAUGUGUAAAUCCGGGUUUUGUCAGUGAGGUUUAAAGGAACAGAUACAUGACUGAUCACUGGAGACCGGUCACGUUGUGUCUGAAUCUUCAUGCGGUCAAACGUCAUGUGAAGAUUCCAGAAGAGAGUCAAUUUUCUGUCUAAACUCAAUCCUGUAUACUUGAUGUUUAUUAUACAGUCGUUGUCAGCAGGAUUGUGGACCAAUGGGAUUUCACUGUGGACGGGACAAUAAAAACAAAAUCAACCUGUCGUUUGUUGCAUCGGCAGAUAAAAACUCAUAUUUAUGUGUGAGAAGCGGAGUAAAUGUAGAUCCGCUCGGGUGAAAUGAGUCGCACUGGGGAAACUCAAGUUUGUCGCUCGGUCACAUUGACAACACUGUCAGAUGUUUCUUAGAGGGACAGUUCACCCAAAAAAUGAGAAUUCUCUCAUCGUUUAUUCUCUCUCCUGCAGUUGUAAAUCUGUAUGCGAGUCUUUCUUCAGGGACACACAACAGAAGAUAUUUUGAGAAAUGUCUCCGUGGUUUUGUGUUUAUAUAAUGGUAGUCAAUAGAGUUCAGUGUUUGAUGAUCAACCUUCUUCAAAAUAUCUUCUUUUGUGCUCUGAAGAAGAAAGAAACUCAAACAGGUUUAAGAUGACUAAAUGAUGACAGAAUUCUCAUUUUGUUUGGGUGAACGGUCCCUUCAGGAUGGGUUUAAUGUUGUCUGCUGGAACCUUUAAAGCGUCAUGGCCGUCUGGAUCUGAUGCGGUCUGUUUGAUUGAAUAAUGAACAUCAGAUGUGAUAUUAAAUCUCCGAAAAGGGAUGGAGCGGAUUCAAUUCUGUCUGGUCAACACAUCUUUAAACGCCACAAAACUCAUUUGCUUUGCCUUCAUGUUUUUUUUGUUUUUGGUUGUAUUAGAAGUGAUCACGUGUUGGCGUAAUGUCCAGCAGUGAUUGGCUGAUUUCGGUCAUCACCAGAGACCUUAACUGUCUGUGUCAGACAGAGAAAUGUGUUGUGAUUGGAUGUUGGCAGUUGGGUUGUACAUGUUUGUCAUGAAUCCAUUUCAUAGACAAACCACAUGAUGGUUCAAAUAAAUCACUCUAUUUUGA